CCUUGCAUUCCAUAGCAGUGCCUCAUCCUGGCUAGAGCUGAAAUGGUGAAUGUCGUAGUUGUGGUUGACGGGAGCUGCAUCCUCCAAUAUACCCAUCGCCAGUCACCUUGCUCCUGCCUUUCCGACGGGGAGCCCCUCUUGCCCCGGCGCCCUCCACCAACUUACGGGGCUGUGCCCCCCAGCCCCUCUAUUCCCCGGGGCCCAGCUUGUGGCCAAGAAGCCGGACCGCCCCCUUCCCGCAGGACCCGUGGACUCAGCGUCCGCUGUUGCACGAAAGCCUGCCUGGGGGAUGAAGAGGAACAUGCCGAGCAGCACCUCCAUCGGGGGGGUCCCUGCAGCCGCCUCACCCCGGUACCCUUGCCCCGCAGCCCCUCCGGGCCAUGGUUUGGAGUGGGGUCCCUCAGUGGGGGCAGGCCAGGGGCUCGGGUCAUGAAGAUCUGGGACCGGCAGCGAUGCCCCUUGCUGGAGGAAGGGGACGUCAUCGCCAAGGUGAAUGGGGCUGACGUCCGGGAUCUGAGCCCUGGAGAAGUGGAGAGUGUCUUGCAGGAGCACACACGGACAGGAGAUGUGAUCCUUCUGGUGGAGAGGAAAGAUCAUCACUCCCGGAGACAUCCCCAGGAAAACUGCUCUUUCCGAAGGGAACAUCCCUUGCCUGACUCUUCUCACAACAAAGGAAUUCCCAGGGAUGCUUCUAAUCCUUGGGGAGGUCCCCCAGGUGACACUUUGGCUGUGACCAGCUUCGUGGGCCCUGAGCCCCGGGAUGUACUUGUGUGUCCUGCUCGUUGUUCCCAGAGGCUGAGGCGGCCCCGGCCAGCAGGAGGAGCUGGGGAGCCCCCAGGAGGUGUUGAUAGUUCCAAGGAAGAACAUGGAUGCAGCAGUGGUAUCGCCAUAACAACAGAUGGAGGUGAAACAGGGAGAACAGCCAGCUCCCUGUUGCCCCAUCAGGAAGAGGGCCCCUCUCAUCAGGAAGACAGUGGGCUCUUAGCGCGGCUGUCCCAGGGUGACGUCGGAGGCCUCUUCCGGCAGGCGGGGAGCCGGGUGCGAAUGAGGGUCCGGAAUCGCAAGGACAUGGGAGUUCCCAGCGAUUUGAACACGGCUGAUAUUGAAGUGGGCGAAUGUCCUCGGAGCCCCACCUACCGCCUCUCUCAGCCCCAGGAGACUGGCCAAUAUUCUGUGGAGCUGCUCCGAGGACCCAAUGGCUUUGGCUUCAGUCUGAGAGGCGGAAGUGAAUAUAACAUGGACAUCUAUGUCUUGGCUCUCAUGGAGGGUGGACCAGCCCAGCAAUGUGGCAAGAUCCAGGUGAGCGACCAGCUGGUGGAGAUCAACGGGGAGUCUACGGCAGGAAUGACGCAUGCGCAAGCUGUGGAGCACAUCCGCAGCGGGGGUAGCCGGAUACGCCUAGUGCUGAAGAGGGGCAACGGCUUCGUUCCCGACUAUGACCGUGAGUACAGCCAGAGCCCCGCCAAGUUGCACCAGGUGCCGGAGGCCGAGGACAAAGCCAGGCAGCGGCACCGGAGAUCAAACCCACCUGGGAGCCCCCAAUAUCAGGGACAGAACCUCUACGAUGGGAGCAGCCGGGAAGCUUCUGCCAGCAGCAGGCGGCAACAGCAGCCGCCGCCCCCCAAAGCCCGCCAGCCGAGCCGGCCGCACCACGGCUCCACCAAGGCUCAGGGGGAGGAAAAAGACGAUGAAAACGACGACGGGGAGCGGGGCUGGAGACAUCGGGAGCAAGGGAAGGGCGUGGAGGGCGGCGGGGACAGCUGCAAGCUCCUUUCCCCCAAGCUGAGCCGGAAAUUACGGUCAGACUUGGCCCCUGGGCCCUGGCUUGUGCCCAGCAAGGAACGCCUGUCCCGGGCCCUGUGGGGUGUCUGCAUGGGCCAGGGGGAAGAGGAAGAGCAGAAGGGGGGCACAGGGAGAGGGAAAGGCAUGGAGGUGAAGCGGCGGAGCUAGGCCCAGCCCCGCCGGCAUAGGGCAGCCAUGCUGGGAAUGACUCAGUGCCUGGGGCAGUGGCGCUGUCCACCCCCAUCCGGUCUAUACCAUAUGAUUUCCCUUCCUUCCCCCCACAUUCAUACUAUGCAAUGGUGACUUCCAUUUUGCUCCCCAUCUCUCACAUGCGUCCUAUGCAAUGGUACUGUUCAGUUACUCUGUCGACUCGUUGCCGCCCUCUUUGGGAUCAUGCAAUGGAAUCUUCCAUUCUGCUGCUGUUAUCCCUCCCCCCCCACCAAAACGCACCCUACACACACACACACACACACACACACACACACACACACACACGAACGCUCCCAAGGGCUGCAACCUUUUCUACUGUCUCCAACCCUUCGCAGUACAGGGCUUCUUCUAGUACAGUGCUUUUAACACCCAUGUUUCAGGAGAGAUUUUGUAUGGGGGUUCUCCAAUGAGAAGCUCAGGAAUGGCGGACAAGUUUUCUGAAAAACAGAGUGCCCACUAUUAACCAGCCUCCCCCAUAAUGCAUUGCAGAGCAGUGGUGGGCGUGUUCAAGGGCUAGCUCUCAGUUCGCACAAGACAAGGAAGGCCUGGGUACUACAGGUCUGCUUGGUACUUCACGCAAACUGAGCGCCCUCCCAUGCCCAAUGCAACACACAGGAAUUCCAUGGCGGCCACCCAUGGGUUUGUCAACUGUGAAGUCAAUGUGGAAAGGGUUUGCUGAGUGCUUCCAGAUGAGGCUUUUAUAGCGCCACAGCGCUGCCUGAUUCACAGAAUUUUUCCGGGGGUCCAGAUGAUGACAUCUUCUCAUGACCAAACACUUCCUCUGGCUUUUCUCUUUCUGCAGAAAAUCUAUUAAGGAGAAAAAGAUGGAAAAGAUGCACAAUGCUUUCUAAUUGAUAGUGCCAGGAGCCAUGGCUCUCCAUUCAGAGAACCUAUUCAAAGCCAGUGUGAUGUAGUGGUUAGAGUGCUGGGUUCAAAUCCUCCCUUCACCAUGAAGCUCAUUGGGUGACCUUGGGCAAAUCACAUUUUCUCAACCAAGUCUACCUAAGAGAGUUGCUGUUAGGAUAAUACGGGGUGGUAUAUGCUGUCUUGAGAUCUUUGGAGGUAGGAUAUACAUGUAAGAAAUGAAUGAAUAAAUACUUUCCACAUUGACUCAGCUAGUGAGGAACCCCUCAACAUCUGCUCUAGAACCCCUGCACGUAGCAGAGGAUUCUGGGAAAUAUUUUAGGACGUACAGCAACUUUACCCAACCUGGUGCCCUCCCUCUGAAUGUUUUGGGCAACUUCUAUCACCCCCAGCCAUGGCUAUGCUGGCUGGGGAUGAUGGAAGCUGUAGUCCAGCAGACCUGGAGGGCACUGGGUAGAGGGAAGGUUGGUGUACAUGUGGGACUGGGCCUCAGUGUCACCUCAUGCUACCUGCAAGUACAUCCCUAGAGCACGCUCAUUACUGCACCGUGCAGGGAAGUUGAGGACUGGUAGUGGUGAAUGUUUCAAGAGGAACUUUUCUCCCACUGCUGAUCUUCUCACUGAAGAACAAUUUACCCAUUUCUGAAGAAGCCUCUAGAGCAGCCUGAUAGCUAUAGACCCUGUUCGGGUGACACACUAAGCCACGAUGGUUAAGCAUUUUGAGCUAAACAUUAUGGCAUAGUGUGUCGUGUGAACCAUUCCUAACCAAGGUGGCUACGUAACCACAGGUUAAACAUGCUCACUAACCAUUUGCUCCGAAAGGGUCAGUGGCAUAAACGUGGAUUAGCAUGUCGUCUGAACAGGCCCGUAGCCCAACACAUCUGAAGGGCACCAGGUUGAGAUUGGCUGCUUUGUAACAGUUUGAAAACCACUGUUCUAGUGCCCUUUCUUGCCUCACCAUUCAAGGUGAUGCAGAAGUAUGUUCCAUAGUGCUGCUGAACAUCUCCCUAGGCAGUCCAGGAGCAGUGUUCAUUGCACUCCCUCACUCCCUAGGCUGGGAAAUGGCCCACCAGCCCCUUGGGCCUUUCCACUCCACUGGUGCCUCAAGCCACCGCAGGACCACACAGGCUGCUGCUCCUUUUUCUUCCCAGCCACCCAGAAUGCAAUGGUAUUACUCUCCACUGCUAGUGCCAACCACAGCAUGCAUGAGAACGAUCGUGUGCUGAAACACAGACUUAACCUGCCAUAUAGGAUGCAUAUGGAUUAGAAGAGCCAUGCAUUCCUGUGCCACGUGCAUCCGGACAUGCCAACCCAUGCCAUGAAAAUGGGUCUAGUAUAUAGGUUCUUAUUCGCUUGAGGCAGAGAACAUGCCGUUCCCGGCAAGCUGUUUCAGCUCUCCCCACUCAGUCCCAGUGCUGAUGAGCCUUGUUUGGCCUACCUUGCUACCUUCUGUGCUGAAAAGGUGCAGCAAACAUGGAAUCACAGCUGGCAAAGAAUUGUGGGAGAAGGAAGUGUGAUAACACACUUCCAGCUUCUCCUGAGCAGGCAGUGCGACGUAAUAAAAACAAGAGAACAUUAUGAUCCAAAUUUCUUGCUACUUCUUAAAAAAAAAAUAUGUUGCUUCACUUUUAAUCUGCUUACCGCUCAGUUCCUCCCCUGAUAUAUCUGUGCAGACACUUUGCAGCAUACCCAGGUGUGUAUGAUGGCACAACCCUGGGGCA